CCUAUGUCGCCGGUUCCAUUCUUGGCCAAGGUUGUAAAACCUCAUCACAUCGGGUGGUAGUGUGGUACCCAGACCUUUCCUUGGAUACAUCCAACGGGCGUAAACAUUUAUCGACCACUAACCCCUGGACCAAGCGAGACGCAUCAAUUUUGAGCCGCCACAAAUCGAAGACCAUGAUGCAACGCGUAAGCUGCCAAUAGAGGACCAAUCGAAUAAUGCACAUCGACUCAUCUGGGAAUUGUUUACCAUUCGAUAAGAAUCACACAACAGGGGGACCCGUGUCACUACCAUUAGUGCCGUUUGGUCCUGCUUUGAACUUUUAGUUUUCCGGUUCGAUAUAUCGGCCGUGACAGAACAUUUUGAAUAUCUCUUUCGCUCAUCUUACAUAUCUUGUAAGCUGUUAGGGUUGUACUGUGUUGAUCCAGUUGAAUUCUCACCGAGGCACGUGGUGGUUUAUCUAAUGCUGUCCCUGUUGAGUUACUGUUUGAAAAUGCGACGAGAGGUAAAGAAGUGGAGAGAGAUCGAAGAUGAUCCAGAAAAGUACAUAGGAUGGGAUACUCCACACAACUCGUUGAUGAUGCAGGGCUUUGAAUGGCACGUGCCAGCUGACCAGAAGCAUUGGUACCGUCUUAGAAUGGCUCUACCGAGCCUUCGGGAUGCCGGAGUGGAUAAUAUUUGGAUUCCUCCUGGUUGCAAAGGAAUGGACCCGUCCGGUACAGGGUAUGAUGUCUACGAUCUAUAUGAUCUCGGGGAAUUCGACCAAAAGGGUUCCAUAUCAACCCGAUGGGGAACGAGGGAGGACCUCCGCGCUCUAAUAGCAGCGGCCCAUGAUAUUGGUAUAGGUAUCUAUUGGGACACUGUCCUGAACCACAAGGUCGGUGUUGAUUUCAUAAAAAAGUUCUCCGCCGUGAAGGUGAACCCUGGGGAUAGAAAGACUGUUGUAUCAAAGCGCGAGACGGUUUCCGGGUGGGUAGGAUUCAAUUUUCCUGGUCGUAAAGGAAAGUACAGUACGAUGAAGUACCACCACGAACACUUCAAUGGAGUGGAUUGGGAUGAAUUAAGAAAACAACAUGCAAUCUACAAAGUUGCUGACCCACGCAAGGACUGGGCAAAAGACGUCAGUGAUGAGCAUGGCAACUACGACUUUUUGAUGUUCGCCAACCUCGACCACACAAACCCGGAAGUACGAGCAGAUAUCUUCAAAUGGGUGGAAUGGAUUGGGACCGAGCUAGCAAUCAGUGGGAUGCGAAUUGACGCUGCUAAACAUAAUUCGGUUGCAUUUCAAAAGGAAUUUGUCGAUCAUCUCCGCAACACAGUCGGCGCUGAGUAUUUCCUAGUGGGUGAAUAUUGGAGAGGGGAUGUGAGACAUCUACUCAAUUACCUCAAAGUGAUGGAUUACGGGGUAUCUCUGUUUGACGUGCCGCUCCUUGGUCGGUUUGCAUUAACCUCACAGACCGAACGAAGUGACAUUCGUAAGGUGUUCCGGGGCACGUUGGUGGAACAGAGCCCAAUGCAUGCAGUAGUAAGACUUUGA